AUGGAGCAUCUAGAGAGAAGAUUGCCUGCAGCUUUCCUCCUUCUUCUGCAGCUUCUUUCUGUCAGCUGUGUUUCCACUCAAAAAGCUACAGUCUCCUGGUGCGUGGUGUCUGACCCUGAAGAGCAGAAAUGUCUGGAUUUGGCAGGGAACGCCACAGCUCGGAAUAUUAGAGGAACUUUGCAAUGUGUCAGAGGCCUCAACACCAGGGAUUGCAUGGACAAAAUCAAGAAUGGGACGGCAGAUGCAGCCUCCAUGUCUGCAGACGACAUCUACGCCGCCGGCCUCUGCCAUGGCCUGGAGGUGUCUGCAGGGGAGUCCUACAACGGAGUGGAUGGUAUCAGUUACUACGUGGUGGCGAUGGCGCGUCGCUCCUCCUCCGAUCUGUCCCUUCUGGAGAUGCAUGAACGCAGCACCUGCCACCCCGGCAUGCGCACCACGGUGGGGUGGACGGUUCCUAUUGGCUACCUGGUCAACACCUCCCAGAUCAGCGUGGGGGAGCAGUGCAACUUCCCAAAAGCCGUGGGAAACUUUUUCGGUUACAGCUGUGUGCCUGGAGUUAAAGACCCCCAGCACGACCCCAGAGGAAACAACCCAAAGAACCUAUGUGAGGCGUGUAUAGGAGACGAGAACGACAGACACAUCUGUGCCAACAAUCCCAAAGAGAGGCAUUAUGGGGAAUCCGGAGCACUCAGAUGUGUUGCAGAAAACCUUGGAGAUGUUGCUUUUGUCAAACACACGACACUGUAUGAUAAUGUAGACGGUAAGAACCAGGAGUCCUGGGCCUUGGAUCUGGAGCUGGAGGAUCUGAAGCUGUUGUGUCCUGAUGGCACCGAGGCCGGUCUGGAGGAGUAUGAGCGAUGCCACCUGGCAGCCGUCCCCGCUAACGCUGUGGUGGUCCGCAUGGAGGACAAGUGUCGCGUCUGGAAGUUCCUGGAGCGUUUACAGAAUGUGUUUGGCAACGCCACCGAGGGCUUCAGCCUGUUCAGUUCAGCCGGCUAUGGCGAAUCCGAUCUGCUCUUCAGCGAUUCCACACACCACCUGCAGAGGGUUCUGGGUAGCUACACCUCUUGGCUUGGCCCCACUUACACCACCGUGCUGCAAGCCUUCGAGUGUGAGGGCUUCUGCUGAUGGAACAGGAGGAAGACAUCCAGAGCCUCAAGUUCCACCCAAUCCCUCCAUCUCCGUCCUCCCGUUCUGCCUUCUCCUCCC